AUGCCAGCGAUUCCAAGUGAACCACCGCGCAGAGGUAGUGGUGACCAUUCAGCCAGAAAUGAUGCAGAUGGUGAAACACUCGGCCAUUUGAAAGCCCCAAUCCUUGGUGGGGAUCCAAACCAGAAGCCCGGAUACUGGGCUCGGCGAGUCCUUCAGCGCCCCUGGGUAAGGGCCAUCCGAUAUUAUGCUAUGCAAGGGGAGCUUCUGCAUUUCCUGAAAUCUCAAUCCCCAGUUCGAGAGCCUGUACUUCGACAGACCAAGUCUUGGGAUGGACCAAGGCUAGACCAGAUGAUCAGGGACAAGAAAGUCAACAUUGAGGCUAUUCAUGCCCAAGUGGUCGGUAGGCAUAUGCCGGGAGAUAUGAGCUGCAGCCAUUGCGCUAGGGGGGUUGGUCCUUUCCUAGCCUGCGUCCAGAUCCCGAAACCAGACUCUGCGACCAGCGUGCAAAUGUGCUACACUCAAAACCAACCUGCCCGAAUCCUCGACCAGCAGGAAACCAAUACACCGGAUAGCACACACUCAUCCUCAACCACGGACCAGAGUCCAGCGGAGCCCCUACCUCAAAACGUCAGGUCGGAGGCCAUUGAAACCCUGGAGCUUUGUCUUCUGGAUAUAGACACAGAUAUUGUGAUGCUCCAGAGAAUGAUCAAGAACAAAGAGAUCAACCGGAAAGGCAUUUUGCAAACCCUAGAGGCGCUUAGGAAGGAGGAAAAGAACUCGGAUGCGAAUAGCAGAGAUAUGAUAUGA